AUGCCAAGAUUCAUUAGUCACCCAGAUUGCACUCUACUGCUUUCUUACGACAUCAGCCUGAUGCCGAUGAGCAGCUUUCUCGGACCAUUCGCGCUCAGAGCCAGAAUCCCAGAAAAGUCCAUUAGCCCAUAUUUAUCAAGGGCGCUACGGUGGACUGAAACACAGGCGUCGAUCUUCGCCUACACGAACUUAAGGCAAUGUGAUGCCCAGGCUCUUUGGCUAAACAUGCAAGAUUCGGCCAAUGAAGACGGCUGGCAGGAACUCCGUCUUCCAUCACGAAAGGAAUGCCCCAAACUAUUCUACUCGUUCCACAUAAGCAAGGACUCGUUUUCACUAUUGCUAACCGACUUAAUCUCGAUUUGGGAUUGCUCGUUGGAUAAGUAUGAUAUCCUCGCAGAAGCAGCCCGUCAGCAGGCAAGCAUCGAUCCAUCCGAAUCUACUCAUCAGUUUGGACUGCUGUUGUCCAAGCUGCGCGAAAGCUUGCAGGAUGACCAGAACACGCUAGUCCGUGGCAACAGCCCUGCGUCACAGAACCUCUUAUUGCGUACAAAAAUCGGCCUACCCCGACCACUCAAGCCCCUGGAUUGGACAUUUCGACUUGGGCAGAAGAAUGCUUCCGAGCUGGCAGAACAGCUAUUACGCCCUAGUCUUCAUGAGGUCUCCGUCUCUCAGGACAAAAUCAACUCACUUCUACGCAUCAUAAAGGAUAAGGAUCAUGUCAUCUCCCGACUGCUCGACAGAAUCGGAACCUCCGCUAUUGACCUUAGCUUGAUCUUCCCAGGCAUCGCAGGAACCUCGUCGCGCAAAGGUGGCCAAUUUUCGGUCGCAGAUGCUAAGAAGCAUGUAGCGGGGAUGGCCACCUUCGACGAGAAGAACUGGAUCAAGCAGUUCUCCAACGAUGAAGGAUAUGAAGGGGCAGACCGAACAGGGUUGAAAAAUCUUGUGACUGGAUGUGAAAAGUGUUUUGCGCAUACUCGUCAGCAGCACGAGAACUGGUUGAAUGGACUUGCUACAUCUGAUAGAGAGGUUCUCAGUGAUCGUACAUCUAACAAUAAACCGCAGUUCUCCUUGGGAAGGACAACCAAGCCUGCUUCGGCAGUGGCAGGAGACGAGUUGACAGAAUCUGACGAUGAUUUUGAGGUUGAUACCUUCAUUCUGACCACCCACACCUAA